AUGGAGCCGCAACAGCUGAAGUGGCGCGACUACAAGCCAUACAAGAAGCUCACGCUGGGCCAACGCAUACAAGUGAUUAAGGCCUACAAAUAUAUACCCAACUAUCGGCAGUUGGCCAAGCAUUUCGGCUGUAGUAAAUUGCAGAUCAAAAACAUUAUUGCCAGCCAGGAUGAACUGCUGCAGAGCUAUGAGAAAGCACGUGCCAAGAACCUAAGCGCCAGAGUGGACAAUUCGAAUGAGGCGAAAAUCGAAUUGCUCGGUAAGGUAAUCUUUGAGUUUCUAUUGCGCGCGCUCAAUCUUCGCAUGACUACUGAUGCGACGGUCAUACGCCGCAAAGCGUUGGAGGUGAAGAAGGCCUUGGCCAUUGAGAAUUUCACACCGAACGAUGUGUGGUUGCAUUCCUUCAAGUUAAAACACUAUAGCGUAGACCUAAUGGAGAUGAUGGAGCAAUUGGAAAGUGAUAUGGGUGAGCGUCGUUCGUUGGAUUGCAAUGACAUUAUUGCGUAUGUGCGAGAGCAGGAGAGAGAGGAGCAGCGUAAGCUAUUGGUCGAAGAUAAGCGCAUUGCUAUAUUGAGUAGACGAGUAGAAGAAUUGUGCCAAAGUGAAACUGAGCAAAAUGUGGCGAAUAAAGAUUGUGGUAAUGUGGAUGGUGCGAAAACUACAGGGAAAACUGCAAAAGAACCCGCGGCAACAAAACACCAAAGAAGUCUUAAAAACAAUAUCGAAGCGCUUGUUAUGAGUAUAAGAUCAGAUGUCCAAGGACAAAGUGUCGAAACGUCCGCGCGAAAUACGAGAACAGCUCAGAGAGCGAAGGCAGUGGAACCUGCAAAAAUCAGUAUAAAAACAGAAGCUACGGAGAAUGACCUAGUCUCCAUCGUUAAAGUUGAAUCCACCGAUAUUAGUGAUAACACUAACACAACAACUAAAAAACCAACAACAAAUCGGCCACAACGUAGCACGCGUAUAACUAAUUAUAUGGAGGCGCUGCGUUAUUUAAGAGUUCUUGAGAAUUUCGUAAUGACGGAGGAGAACUAUAGUGCGCUUAGCUUGAUAACACAAUUGGAGUAUAUAUUUAGGAGUGCGGUCCGUUCCAAAAGGAAAGCUACGUAA